CAGAAACAUGAUCGGGCAGUGUAGCUCGAGAUUGUCCCUGAACUGAUGAAAUUGGCUAAAAGGAGUUGCCAUAUAUAUUAUUCGUUGACAACAGGACUCAGUUGAUAUGCUCUUCAGUAACCCUUGAUCCGAAGGAGUAUGUAAUAGACAGGUUUCAAUUAAAAUCAUGGCGACCGAUGAUAGUUCACUCCUGAAAGAACUUGAGUGUUCCAUCUGCUGCGAAGAGUACCGAGAGCCGGUGAUCGCAGGGGGCUGCAAUCAUUCCUUUUGCAUGAACUGCUUGCGGCGCUACAUCGAGAAGAAGGCAAGGUGUGGUGAGUUCCUGUGUCCGCUAUGCAGAGAGUUGUGCACGGUCCCGGCCAGUGGAAUAAGCGGACUUGGCAAAAACUUUACUCUCGAAAAUAUUAUCAGGAAGUACAAUGAUGUCAGGAAAGGUUUGAACCAGAUAAAAUGGGACAAGUGUACUUUCUGUGCAGACAGCGAUAAAAAAGUCAGCUCGUCCCUCGCUUGCCUUCAGUGCGAUAGUAUCAGUCUCUGCAAGGACUGCGGCCUGGAGCAUGCGAACCACCCAAAGACUGGAAACCAUGUUGUCGUAUCGUUAUGCGAAUUACAUGGCAAGCCCCUUAGUCAGUUUUGUAAGAGUUGCAGUAGGGCUAUAUGCGUAGUGUGUUUUGGGAAACAUUCUAACAGCAUUGAUCAUGAUGUUGUUGACUACAAAGACGUGAUUAAGAUUGAUAAAGAAGACAUUGAAAUUAUUGCAAAAAAGGCAGAGCAGAAAACAGGACAACUGACCAAGCAGGUUAUUGAGUUGGAGAGACUGAUGAUAGCAAGAAAUGAUAAAAUAGACGAUGCGAGAAAAAACGCCGUCGAACACUUCACCGCCGGAAAAAAGAAGUAUGAAGAAAACAUUGCCUAUUACACAGAGUGUGCUGAGUACCACCGUGUGCAGACGGAACUGAUGAACCAGAAAAAAGACGAAAAUACCUACCAAAGUACGAGAAUUCAGGAGUUAGAAGAACAGUUUCUGAACCACCUUGCGAAGGACCAUCUAAUGAAUACUGAUGAAAUAAAAGAUGCCAUCUGGAGUACCACUACCAUACAAGAAGACAUACGAGAAGGGAUGGAGCAAAGUGAUGCGUUGAUUUCCGAAAAACUCCUAACAGACAAUCUCCACGAUGAGAUCACCAAGACCAAGACGGAACUGCAGGAACUCACUGUUGCAUCAGAAACUGAUAGGGUAGCGACGUUGCAGGAGUGGAUGAAAACCGGUGGUGGUCUGAGUGAGGAGUACGUAGCGACGGCGGGGCAGUUUUCAUCAGCUUCACUAAGCAUCGAGCUGAAGUUUUCAGAGGGUAGGUUCAGUGUAUGGGGUGUAUCGUGCAUGUCCAGUGAACGCAUAGCUGGCGCUGUCUGGUCAGCUGGAUCUUUCAGAAUAUUACUGUGGAAUCUACCCUACCUGGCACCAGAAGAAAUUGCGAAAGAUGAUGUUGCUAUCAUAUACAUAGCAGCAUUGGGACAUGACAAGCUGGUUGUCCUGCGCCGAGUAUCACCAAUCCUGAAAGUCAUCGAUGUUGUGACAGGAACGACACGGGAUAUCGAUGUAAAGCUUCCGAAAGUGGCAAUAGAGAAAUUGUGGUCUGUGGAGGUUGCUUACCGGGGACACUUCCUGGUAACAUAUAAAGACACGAACAUGAAACACCACAUAAUUCUGACCGACAACGAAGGGGUUCUUAUUCAAGACAUUGAAGUUGAUCAUGUUUACCGACCUACGUUAUGUAGAAUGACUGGUGUGAUUACAAUAUGUACCAACUUGACCGACACAGUCUCAUGCUACCAUCUGAAUGAUAACAGUCUAGACGAAGUUCUGUCCGUUCAUCAUGGUGUGGAUGGGUUUCAUUGCAAUGAUAUUUGCUCAAGUAGUCUUGGGGAGAUAUUCAUUGUCGGGAGGAUGACAGGAGAACCACCGCGGGAGAUCAGGUUAUAUCAGCUUGACAUUGACUUGGACAAUAAAACUGUGUCAAUGAAGCGAAUAGAUAUAAAUGAUAUAGAUAUCAGAUCCAACGAUGUUCCAAGGUGUUCUGUAAAUGGUGACUGCCUGGUUAUCGGGCACUAUAACACGGUUCAAGUACUAAAGCUUUCGGCAUGAAAUGUCUUUUGCUUUGAUGAAAACCUAGGGUUUAGUAUAUUAUACACAAUUUUUUGGUUCUCAAAAGGAAUUGUUGAUACAAAAAUUAUUUUCAAAGAUUUUUAUGGUUGAUAUCGCAUUCAGUGAGCGGGAAAAGACCUUGUCUGACCCAACUUGGGAAGCCUCGAGGAAAACUACGCUAGGUUAGGUUGGUUAUUUGGUCAUCAUGAUAAUCAAAUGUUAGCUGCCGCUGCGAUUGUCUUUUAAUGAUUCUUCUCCAUCCCACUAAUCCUGCAACAUGGUGAAUUAUCACACAAACGCUUGGGCAGAGCGUCCCAUCGCAGCUAAAAAACGCGCAAAUGGAUUCAGGAUAUGUAAAAUUGAUUUAGUUAUUGAAUGUAAUACAAUACAUGUACAUACCUUACACGUGCAUUCAAUCAGGUCAAAUGACUGAUGCGGGCUUUGGCCAACAAGGAUUGCGCAAUUCGUUUUUUCCUACACUCUGUACAAGUAUUCUGUAAGCUCGAGAUUCUUACAUUGAGAGUCAAAUUGGUUAGAUAUAUUGCCGUGUACUAAAUAUGUGGAAUUUCAGACGAAAAUGUUCCACACACUUGAUUGAGAAAUGAAUGGCGCUGUCAGGCCGGUUAAUAAAUAUGUCCGAAUUUCAUACAUUCUGCCUGAAUUCCGUGCUUACAUGUACAUUAUGAAAUAUUUACAUACUCUGAUCCAUCAUACAUGUAUCUAUAUGUAACAUUUACAUAAUACUCGUUGCAGUGUAACAUUGAAAUACCGUAUCAUGUACUGUAUACAUACUGUAUUAGUAAUAAUACAAAAUCCUCUCCUUUUCGAAAGAUGAGUUAGUCAUUAAAUGUAAUUCGUA